UCAUAGAGCUCGUCAUAGAGCUUGGUUCAAAUUUAUAAGCCUGGGUAUCCAUAAUCUUACAAAUGUAAAGUGAAUUACCAUCGUUGUAAUGGAAACGAUAUAGAAAGCGCUUUAAAAAAAUUAUUUCCACGCAGAUCUAAUUCUUCUUUAUGCAGAAAAAAAAAAUCGAUGUGAAUGAUAAAAUAUCUUCUUGCUGACAAUAAAUAAAAUUCAUAUUUUGCGUGCAUAAAUCUUUCUUUUUUUUUAAAAAAAAAAAAGAUAGUGCUUUCUACACGGUUUAUAUAAUUAAUAUACUAUUCAUUAAGUGUGUGUCAUUUCUUCCUGGCAAAAGGCAACAUUCUAUGUUAGCAGUAACAUUCUAUGUUGUGAUACUAACAGCAAAUACUAUCUGUGCAAUGUGUGUCACAGUUACAAAGAUGUUCUGAAAUAUUUACACCUAUAUAUAUUAAAAUAUUUACACCUAUGGAAAUUUAAUGUCUGUACUUUGUGUGUUCAUAAAUUUCCAAGUGUAGUUCAUGAUUAUACUUCUUUAUUGUGAAACAUUUAACUUCAGUUCUGAAAAGUGUACAAAAAGAGGUAGUUUCAUUUAAUUGUUUUGAGAUCAUAAUGUGAAAAUAAUUUAUUCAGUGCAUUAUUAAACUGUUGCAGAUAAUUAAGAUGUCUGUCACUUUCAUACAACACAUAUAAUUUGAUAUUUAUACACAAAAAAUUUAAAUUGUGAUUUUCCUGUUCAUACUAAGGAAAUAUUUUCUGUAUUCUGUGAAGGCAAUUUAAUAGAAUUAAACUUUUUUUGACCCUCCCAAAUUUCUUUUAAGUUUGUGAAAGGGGGAAACAAAAUUUUUUUUGCUUUUCUUCAUUUAUAAUGAACUAUAUUUCUGCAGUGUCUGUUUGAAUAAAUAACUAUUGAAAUUAAAUUGGAUAAUAUCAUGUUCAAAGCAAAUAAUAUCAUUGUUUAUUCAUGUUUAUUUUUAUAAUAUGUCUUCCUAAUAACAAAUAACAUUAAUGUUACACUGUCUUAAACUGCAUUCAUUCACAGUGUAUUGAAUUUAAUUGAAUCUAAUACAUGAAGUUGUACAUUAUUUCUGCAGUUUUUUUUUGUGAUAAAAAAACAUAAAGUUAAAUAAUUUAGUUUGAUAUGUUCAACAAAUUAUUAAAGUGUUUGUGAAAAAUAGAAAGUAUUUACCUAUCAAUAUAAUUUAAAUUAAUGUUUUCACAUAUGCAUCUAUUAAUAAAUCAUAUGCCUGCUGUACGGUUUUUAUACUAUUAUAUUUUACUUAGUUAAAAAUUUAGUCUAAGUAAGUCACUUGAUACAGAAUGCUCUUUUCUGUAUCAUGUUAUUAAGGGCCUAAUUUUAUUCAGAAUACGUAUCAUCCUGUAAGUAAACCUUAUUGUUAUUCUAACAAGAAUUUUUUAGGAAAAAGUCUGCCUAAACACUAAAAUUUUUACUGGUGAAAUAUCUUUUUCUUGUAGUUCUAUAAAAUAGCGGUUUUUCGAAAAAAGGUAGUCUGAAAAAACACUGUCGUGUUCAUACUUUCUUCUUGUAGUAUAUGUAAUAAGAGUUUUUCAGAAAACAGUAAUAUGACUAAACACAGCUGUGCUCAUACUGGUGAAAAACCUUAUUCUUGUUGUAUAUGUAAUAAGAGUUUUUCAGAAAAAGGUACACUGACUAAACACAGUCUUGUUCAUACUGGUGAAAAACCUUAUUCUUGCAGUAUAUGUAAUAAGAGUUUUUCAGAAAGAAGUACACUGGCUAAACACAUUCUUGUUCACACUGUUGUCAAGCCUUAUCCUUGUAGUAUAUGUAAUAAGAGUUUUUCACUAAAAAGUAAACUCACUACACACAAUCAUGUUCAUACUGGUCAGAAGCCAUAUUCUUGUAGUAUAUGUUAUAAGCGUUUUUCUACAAGUGAACAUCUGAAAAAACACAGUCUUGUUCACACUGGUGAGAAGCCUUAUUCUUGUAGCAUAUGUAAUAAAAAAUUUUCGCAAAAAAGUAAUCUCACUACACACAGUCAUGUUCAUACUGGUGAAAAGCCAUAUUCUUGUAGUAUAUAUAAUAAAAGUUUUUCUCUAAGUGCUCAUCUAAUUCAACACAGUCUUGUUCAUACUGGUGACAAGCCUUAUUCUUGUAGUAUAUGUAAUAAAAAAUUUUCAAAGAAAAGUUCUCUCACUACACACAGCCGUAAUCACACUGGUGAGAAACCUUAUUCUUGUAGUAUAUGUAAUAAAAAAUUUUCACUGAAAGGUUCUCUCACUACACACAGCCGUAUUCACACUGGUGAGAAACCUUAUUCUUUUAGUAUAUGUAAUAAAAGUUUUUAUUAUGGUGGGGAUCUGAAUAAACACAGUCGUAUUCAUACUGGGGAGAAGCCUUAUUCUUGUAGUAUAUGUAAUAAAAGUUUUUCUUAUAGUGGGGAUCUGAAUAAACACAGUCGUAUUCAUACUGGUGAAAAGCCAUAUUCUUGUAGUAUAUGUAAUAAAAGUUUUUCUCUAAGUGCUAAUCUGAAUCAACACAGUCUUGUUCAUACUGGUGACAAGCCUUAUUCUUGUAGUAUAUGUAAUAAAAGUUUUUCUUAUGGUGGGGAUCUGUAUAAACACAGUCGUAUUCAUACUGGUGAAAAGCCAUAUUCUUGUAGUAUAUGUAAUAAAAGUUUUUCUCUAAGUACUCAUCUAAAUCAACACAGUCUUGUUCAUACUGGUGACAAGCCUUAUUCUUGUAGUAUAUGUAAUAAAAAAUUUUCAAAGAAAAGUUCUCUCACUACACACAGCCGUAUUCACACUGGUGAGAAACCUUAUUCUUGUAGUAUAUGUAAUAAAAAAUUUUCACUGAAAGGUUCUCUCACUACACACAGCCGUACUCACACUGGUGAGAAACCUUAUUCUUGUAGUAUAUGUAAUAAAAGUUUUUCUUAUGGUGGGGAUCUGAAUAAACACAGUCGUAUUCAUACUGGUGAGAAGCCUUAUUCUUGUAGUAUAUGUAAUAAAAAAUUUUCACUGAAAAGUUCUCUCUCUAAGCACAGUCAUAUUCACACUGGUGAGAAACCUUAUUCUUGUAGUACAGUCAACCCCACUUAAAGGAAUAUCAUUGGUUCCUGCCAACUCUAUUCCAUUAAGCGGGUUAGUUGAUUAAAAGGGGAGUGCAUUAUUUAAUCUUAUAUUUGAACAAAAUUUUACUUCUAAAUGGUAUUUAAUACAUAGCUGUAUAAUGUUUUGAUUAAAUAAUUAUAAUUAAAACUAUCAAUAUUAGUAUCAUUGAAUAUGAAUCUCAUUUAAAGUAAUAAUAAAAUAAAUCAAUGCUAAUGAAAAAUAUAAUAUAUGUACCAUAUUUUAUUUUAUUUGAAAAAAAAAUCUGUAAUGGAACACUGUUUUGAUAUACGUUUAAUUGAACAUUUCUCUACUUUUUUUUUCCAAGUUGUACAGUACAUUAUAGUCCCCUCUAUUACACCAUACUGGUGAGAAGCCUUAUUUUUGUAUUAUAUGUUAUAAAAGUUUUUCACAAAAAUUUUGUCUGACCAAACACAAUCGUGCUCAUACUGUUGAGAAACCCUAUUCAUGUAUUACAUAUAAUAAGAGUUUCUCACAAAAAGUAAUCUUACGGAUCACAGGUGUGCUCAUACUGGUGAGAAACCUUAUUCUUGUAGUAUAUGUAACAGGAGUUUUUCAUUAAGACUUAGUUUGACUCAACAUAGUCGUCUUCAUAGUGGAGAGAAACCUUACUCACGUAGUAUAUGUAAUAAAGCUUUUUCAAGAAAGAAUUGUCAUGUUGUUGCCAUGUCACAGUCAUGUUGUUGCUAUUUAAAAGCCAUAUUCUUUUUUAUGUUAAAAGUUUUUUUUUUUCACUUAAUGUCCAUCUAAUUUAUUGUAGUUUUAUUCAUACUGGUGAAAAACCUCAUUUUUUUAUAUAUAUAAAAAAAAGAGAGUUUAAUUUUUCAAUAGCUGACUUUAAUGUUUGUGUUUUCACUGGUUAGUAUAAU